GCCCCCUUCUUCCCAAGCCGCCGCUCUCGGGCUCUGGGUCGACCUCGGGAGCUGCAGCGCACCCCGGCCAGGCCGCGCGGCGCCCCUCCCUCGCCUCGCCUCGCCUUUCGGCAGCGCCUCCGCCACCGCAGCGGGCCCAGCGCUGAGGCGAGCAGGACGGGAACUGCUGCUGCUGCUGCUGGCUGGGUAGCCGUCACCCGGGAAGGCCUCGGACAGAGAAGGACCGGAGCGGAGACCCGGCCAGGCGCGGGGACAUGGUGACGGGAUGGCCCGCAUCGCAGACGCCUUCCCUCUGCACCUGCUCGUCUGGCACAACCGGCACCAGGCGCUGGACAGCGAGCUGCGCAAGGGACAGCAUGAUAUUGAAAUGCUUGACCCACGUGGCCGAACACCUCUGGAAUUGGCAGUGUCCCUUGGGAACUUGGAAUCUGCCCGUGUAUUGCUGCGACACAAUGCCAGUGUGGGUCAGGAGAAUGCCAAUGGCUGGACAGUCCUUCAAGAAGCUGUAAGCACUGGAGAUCCAGAGAUGGUACAGUUGAUACUCCAAUAUCGUGAUUACCAGCGUGCCACACGACGACUGGCUGGUAUUCCAGAAUUACUCAACAAACUACGUAGGGCCCCUGACUUCUAUGUGGAAAUGAAGUGGGAGUUUACCAGCUGGGUGCCUCUUGUCUCCAAAAUAUGUCCAAGCGAUGUGUAUCGGGUAUGGAAGCGGGGUGAAAACCUGCGGGUAGACACUACCUUACUGGGCUUUGAGCACAUGACCUGGCAGCGGGGCCGGCGCAGCUACAUCUUUAAAGGCGAAGAUGAAAAUGCUGUGGUGAUGGAAGUUGACCAUGAUAAGCAGGUUGUGUACACUGAGACAUUGUCACUAGCCUUGCAUGAGCCUGAGCUGAUGCUGGCUGCCAUGCAGCCUUCGGAGGAACAUGUUGCCAGUCGCCUCACAUCUCCUAUUGUCUCCACCCACCUUGAUACCAAGAAUAUUGCCUUCGAGCGGAACAAAUCUGGCAUCUGGGGCUGGCGCUCGGAGAAAAUGGAAGUAAUCAGUGGUUACGAAGCCAAGGUUUACAGUGCCAGCAAUGUGGAGCUUAUCACCAAAACACGUACCGAGCACCUGUCUGACCAGGACAAAACACGCAACAAAGGCUCCAAGACUCCAUUCCAGUCCUUCCUAGGAAUUGCCCAGCAGCAUGCAGCCCAGAAUGGGGCCCCUGUGCUGCAGUCAGCCAGUCCCACAAACCCAACAUCUAUCACCCCUGAGGAAUACUUUGACCCCAACUUCAACUUGGAGUCCCGUAAUAUUGGCCGCCCUAUUGAGAUGUCCAGCAAAGUUCAGAGGUUCAAGGCCACUCUGUGGCUCUGUGAGGACCAUCCCCUCUCCCUGGUGGAGCAGGUGACACCUAUUAUUGAUCUGAUGGCGAUCAGCAAUGCUCAUUUUGCCAAGUUACGUGAUUUCAUCACCCUCAAGUUACCUCCUGGCUUCCCAGUUAAAAUCGAGAUCCCUCUCUUCCACGUGCUCAAUGCCCGGAUCACUUUCAGUAAUUUGUGUGGCUGUGAUGAGCCACUAAGCUCAGUGCGGAUCUGUACUCCUACCCAAUACCCUGGCAGCAGCGAGGAACCAAGUGCUGGGGCAGAGGCAGCCAGCAACACUAAAGUGUACCCUUUCCCCUGUGAAGUGGAUCCAUCUGUAUUUGAGGUGCCCCAAGGCUACACAAUGCUGGGUGCAGGCCGUACGGAGCCCAUGAGGGAUGAGGAUGAUGACCUCCUCCAAUUUGCCAUUCAACAGAGUCUCCUGGAUGCUGGCACAGAGACAGAUCAGGUUACCAUCUGGGAAGCUCUGACCAACACACGGCCAGGAUCCAAUCCACCAACCUACGAUGAGGAACUACAAUUGGAACGGGCCAUCCAAGAAAGCAUGUUCCUUCAGUCAGGACCAGGCCUGGUCCCUAUGGAGUCUGGAGGUGGCAAUGAUGUGCCUGCUCCUGAGGGCAACCCAGCGCUCAGCACCAAUGGAAGCGGUUCCUCAGCUUUGCCUCCACCUUACCCCAGCUUUGAUGAGCAGCUGCGUUUGGCCAUGGAGCUGUCGUCUAGGGAGCAGGAAGAACGGGAGCGCCAACACCGUGAAGAAGAUGAGGAGCUGCAACGAAUCCUCCAGCUCUCUCUGACAGAGAAGUAGCAUCCCAGCCUGCUAGCAAGGGGUCCCUUGGCCUUGCUCAAUCAAGCCUCACACCACCCAGCCUAAUUCUCCUUGCUGCCACUGUAUUUUGGAUUGGGUUGGGUUCCAUGCUUUGCCCCCUUUCCUGUUGGGGUCAGGCUGGAGGUGAGAAGACAGAACCUUCUGCAUUUCCUGUGGUUCACUUGGUUCCGUCCUUUAAUAUUAUUUCUUGUAAUUUUUUUAACCGCUUUAUCCUUCAUGGAGGAAUUGUUUUCUACAGCACAGAGAAGGGGAGUAAGAGAAAAGGAGCAGCAACUGAUAGGAAAGAAUGGAAAAAUAAUGAAAGAUGUUUCUCUUUUUCAGAUGAGCUUGCAGGUUUUUUUUGAGGGUGCUAGAAGUGUGCUGUUGCAGCUUCUGUCUUUGCAUGAGUUUUGGCCUCUCUUGGGGAUUGGGGCAAUAGAGGGGGUGGGAUCCAGGAGCUCAAUGCAUUGAUAUUUGCAGUAAGACUGAAGUCAGGCUGCAGCUUGAUGAAUAAUACUCAUUCCUGUCUUCCCCCCCGCCCCUCUUCCUCAUCAUGAGCUGCUGCUCUCCCCUCUUCCCGUGUUUAAUUUAUUUAAUUUAUAUCUUUAAAGAUAUAUACUAGAAAGGGAACGGAGGUGUGUGCUUUUUUAAAAACUGAACCCAGUGGGUCUUAAAGGGAACAGCUGGGUCCACUCUUGAGCAGUUUUAUCCUGCUGUCUGGGGACCAGGCACGGGGAGCUCUGGGCAGCAGGAAUACUAAAUAAAAAACAUGAAACCAGCAUCUGCUUUUGGUAGCUUUCUUCAGUUUCAACUAUCUUGGUCACAGUUUGUGUGGCUCUCAUACAAACAUAAUGUGAGGCUCCAUUUGUGGUACUUGUGAUCAUGUUUAAAUUACUGAACAAGCUGAUUUGUUUACUAAAAAAACAACAACCCUCAGUUUAUGGUUUGAAUGAUCAUGCUGUGGUAGCAUGUCUUAAGAAGGAAUUAGUGGAUUGUUCACAAAGAAUUACUUAACCAGUCAGGUGCAACAUUUCAACAAGCCAAAUGUAUAGAAUUCCGUAUGUUUGAUAAUCUUUCAUUUUUAUGAACUCAAUCAAACAAGAGGAAAUGGUCCUACUUCUAGAACCAAAACUUGCAGUCAAUAAUAUAUCUAAUUAUUUUAAAUUAUUAUAUGAAAUGUUUAGCAUAUGUGCCUUCUUAGUCUCCCAUCUUCCUUUUACUUACAAGGCUAUGAUGACAGUGGAAGCAAUAAAUAGCAGAAUUUCCAGAUCAAGGAUUAGCAACACACCACUGAGAUUGCGAGAGUUUUACCAAGCUCCCCACCCCACCCAGUUGCAUUUUCUUCAAUUUUAGCAGUCACUUCUAUCUCUGAACGUAGGUUUUCAGGACACACCUUAGUUUAUUACAUUUAUUUUAGCCACUCUGUUUGUUGAGCAGCUUUCUUGCAUUUUUCUUUCACUGUCCUCUUAAUAUGGUUCAUGUUUGGAUUAAAUAUUUCUUUGCCUUAAUUCCCCAUGCUUUCCCCCUCUUAAACCUCCAUUCCCAGCAAUUCUUUCAUCAGGUUCCUCUUUCUCUGGCUAUUUGCUCACUGUGCAUUUUUCUUUUUGCUUCCUUGCUCAUUUUGGUUUGCUUCUGUAUUUCCUGAAGCCUUUCCCCGCCAUCUUCUUGGGUGCCAUAUAAUAUGGUUUAUUGGCUCACAGAAUUUGAAGUACAAAUUACUAUGUUCUGUGAAUAAUUAGAAUUCUGAAAUCUCAUAUUUGUCCAGUGGUCAAUUCUUGGUAUCAUUACUACUACAGUAAUACAGAACAAGAUCAAUUUUGAUAUUCUAAUUUCCUGCCUUACAUGAACCCCCUAGUGGUCAUUCACGGAAAUGUAAUUUGUGUGAUGUGACAAAACCUUGGUGGCUUUAUGAGGCCAUGUGAUAAAAGUCUGUCAAACAGUUUUUUAAAUACUUCUAAUAUUACUAAAAUUGCAAUAACCAUUAAUUAGUCGUGUUCAUUUUGUAUAGCCUUUCUACUCUAUAUUCCUUCAUUCAGGAAGGUAUGGAAGAGGUUCCGGGGCAUCUGAUUUUGUUCAGAUGUGUGAGGUGCAUAUUUUGAAAAAUGAACAAUCCCUGGACAAUCCAAGUUCUUCUCUGAAACAUUAGAACACUAAUGCUAGUUAGAAUAUUCACUUGGUACAUUAAAUGGAAGGUAGCUUUAUUUUGCAUCAGUAAUUUUAAGAGAUUAAUACUGUGUUAUGAAGUGUGUUGUCACUGUUUAUAACUGACUGCAUUGGAAGAUCAAGGGAUGAUUCUGAGUAGAGUUCAAAUAUUUACCUGAACCUGGAGAUUGUAUCUAUUGUGACCGAAAACCAUGUGCAGAGGCUGCUAGUAUAUCAUAUACUGUAUGAAACUUUCUGCCUUCAUUCUCCACAACUUCAAGCAAACUAUGUCCAGAGAAAAAAAGAGAAAAUGCAGUAUUGUUAUGGUCUCCUUCAAAUCAAGCUUAAUUUCUAAUAAUUCUAUGGACUAUUCCAUGUAGGUUUUUGGUCCACAAUAUAAAGGUGUUUCCCUACUGCCAUCUUCUGGGAUGUUUUUCAGUUCCCAGCCUUAGCAUUUUUGCUUUGUCCGAGAAGUAGUAACCAAGUUCAACAUUCCUUAGUUUUUGAGAUCAGCCAUGGUUGGCUAGGCACUACCACCAGUAUUUGCCCCAAACAGCCAGAUCAAGUCAGAAUGCAAGACAAGUUAUUUCAAAAUAUUCAAGAAUUGAUGCAUUAUACUAUAUUAAAAAACUAUACUGUACCCUCAAUAAUUCGAUGUGAUGAUCAGCUCCUGAAACGCUUAUCACAAUAAACUAACUC